AACAUUGCGGAAUAGGCUACUGAACGCACCUCUAACAGGAAGCCAUAACGCUAGCUAAUCACAAAUCUGUAGUAACUUGUUUUUGAAAAGUACUUCAAAAUGUGUAAUUAAGUAUUUUUUUUACAUUAGUUUGAUAAUAAGCGAAACAUAUAAGAUGGGAUAUGUGUGAAGGAAGGUUGCUAUGGCUGUAAGGAAAUGAGAGACUUAAUUGGUCAAGCCCUGUAGUCAUGAACCCAAGUUCUUCCUGUGAGGGCCAGAGCCCUGAGGACCACCCGCCAGACGAUUGGUUCCACCUCUCCACCAUGUCUCUGGGAACGAUGGGCUCUGAUGGAAGCUGGGACGACUCUGAAAGACCUGAGCGUGGCAGACUCAAGUCCAAAUUAGUGUCCGCGUGGAACACAGUCAAAUAUGGCUGGUCGUUUAAGUCAAAGGCUCGUUUCAGCAAGACCUCUCCUCUAACCAUGCUUGGACAGUCCUACCGGCUCAGUCAUGGAGUGGAGAGGGAGCGCUUCCGCCAGGCCUUUGCCACUCUGCUGUGGCUCACAUACAGACGGGGCUUCCCACAGCUGGGUGGUUCCUCAUUGACCACAGAUUGUGGCUGGGGCUGCAUGUUGCGCAGUGGACAGAUGCUUCUGGCCCAGGGGCUGCUGCUUCACCUCUUGCCCCAAGGCUGGACCUUGCUGUCUGCCCCCCGUGUUGCCAGAGAUGACAUGGAUGUGCAGCAGUCUCCGUCCUCGGGUCCGCCGCUUACUAAGAAGGGAAGGAGGAAGAGCACGGGCUCGCUAUUGGAUAACCGGACUGAGGUCACUCACAGACUUGUGGUUUCCUGGUUCGGGGACUGUCCCGCUGCCCCUUUCGGGCUCCAUCAGCUGGUGGACAAGGGCAAGAGCUCUGGGAAGAAAGCGGGGGACUGGUACGGUCCCUCCAUCGUGGCACACAUUCUCCGCAAGGCGGUCGCAGCAGCGUCGGUGGUCCCCAAUCUAGUCGUUCAUGUAGCACAGGACUGCACCGUGUACAUCGAUGAUGUGGUGAGGCUCUGUGAGCGGCCUCCGCCUGACGACCCUACUGGAAGUCCAGGCUGGAAGUCUGUCAUCAUUCUGGUCCCUGUUCGCCUGGGAGGAGACAUCCUCAACCCAACCUACAUCAGAUGUGUCAAAAACCUCCUGGCUUUAGAACACUGCAUUGGAAUCAUUGGCGGAAAACCCAAACACUCUCUGUUCUUUGUUGGAUAUCAAGACGAGCAGCUGUUGUACUUGGACCCCCACUACAGCCAGUCAACAGUGGAUGUUACACAGGACCACUUCCCCUUAGAGUCUUUCCACUGCAAGUAUCCCAGGAAGAUGGCCUUCAGUCGCAUGGACCCCAGCUGCACUAUAGGCUUCUAUGCCAAGAGCCGGAAGGAUUUUGAGUCGCUUUGCUCAGCUCUUAACACGGCUCUCUCAUCGUCAACAGAGAAGUACCCCAUCUUCACCAUUGCAGGAUGUCAGGGACAGGAUGGGGUGCGUGAGGGUGAAAUCAGUGUACCCCCAUACUCAGUCACCCACAUUCUCGCCAAGAACCAGCAGACGCUGAGAAGGACAAACACUAAUAACAGCAUGGAGGAGUUUGUGUUACUGUGAACAGACUGAAUGUGCCCUAAACGGCCCAGCAGGAACCGUCGUUCAUAACACCAAUGCUUACAUACCGUUACUGAACUGGGUCACCACCGUUGCCAUUACUGACAGGGAGGGACAGGCUCCAGCAUUACUGUAGUCUCCCUCCCCAACUUAAUUUAACCAUAACCAGGCCUGGUGAGGUGCUGUUGAAUAAAACAGGCCAAGGAUGGAACUGUUAUGUAUUUAUUUAGAUGAAUAUUGUUUUAAGGUUACAUGGUUUAAUGAAUGUGACAGAAUAUGUUUUAAUAUGGUUGUCCUGCUUUCAACUAAGUUGCGUACAUGAAGGAAUCUACUGCAUGUAGUCCUGCAUGUUUUGGUUAUUGGCAAUGUCAGACUUGUGUAUUGAACUUUACAUUACCUCUACAGUCAGCUAAAAGACACGUUUCUACACCAAAACCUUUUACUAAAGUACUUGGUCAAGCGUUAGACUCUGAACUCUGUGCUUCAAUUUGAUGUCAUGUGUCAGCAUGUCUGCUCUGUUAUGGAUUUCUUUGACUUAGUUGUGCACAUUAGAAGCACUGAAUGGAAUGAGUCUUCCUUAGAGAUGUGUGUAUUGGUUUUAUGUGGUUGAGGGGGCGGAUUAUAAAAUGACUAUUAAAAUA